CGCAGCUACUCCGAGUCGGCAGAACGCCCUCUCGGCGACCCCAGAAGGUACCUGCCCAUGUCCCAAAGCCGGGGCGACUCUGAGCCCUGGGGCACCCGGGGUAAAAACCCCCCUGGCGGUGGCUCCGGGCCCGUCCCCGCACACCCGACCUUCGCUACCCCCGAUGGGGAGCUGCUCAGCUUCUUCCAGGCCCUGGAGAGCACGGCCACCGUCCAGGACAAGGUGAUGGGAUGCCACCAAGCGGCCUUGGUGCGUCUCACAGCCAGGACGCAGGCGAUCCUGGGAGGGGAGGAGGAGCGGCAGCUGGAGGGAGCAGAGCGCGCAGGAAAGAAGUGGGCAGAUUUCACGCUCUUAGAGACAGAGCCCUGUUGUGAAACCGGAGAGGCCUGGUACUACCGCGUCUGCUGCGCCUCUGAGCCACGCCGGCCAAUCCUUGCUGCCAAGGUCCACAAGUCCUACCCCAGCAGUCUCGCCGUGCAGAUGUCCGUGGGGGCUCAUUUCAACAUUCAGCAAGUGCUUGGCCACUUCCUCGAUUCCCCCCCCAAGGACCUCGUGCCUGGGGCAAGGCCGGAGAAGCUGGGCCGGCUCCGUCCUGGAGAGGACGAGGGAGCCAUGUCUGCCGGCGCGUCCCCUCCCCUGACCCAGGUCACCCUGUCUCCUGAGGUGCCUUAUCAAACCUUGGCUGAUUUUGUGCGGGGCUCCCACGUGCUCCACAGCUCCCGGCCCGGCCCCUACGAACGCCUGGCGUGCCUCCUCCUGCUGCAGCUGUGCACGGGGCUGGAGCACCUCAAGCAGCAGCGGGUGGCCGGCGCCGACAUUCACAUGGAGAACCUGCUCUUGGUGCAGUGUCCGGCUCUGCCCCGGGGCCGGCGGGACGAGACUCCAGCCGCCGCGCUGCCGCUCCCAAGGCUGGUCGUCAGCGACUUCUCGAAGGCCACGGGGCAGAAGAAAUCCGCGUCUGUGGCCCGAGACCUAGAUCGAGCCAGCACGGCCCCCACGUGGCUCUCGGUGGCUCACGUCCAAAGCACCGAGGGGCUCCAGCUGGGCAAGCUGGUCUACGAGAUCCUGCACCUGCCCGACCCCCUGCAGAAGGCCUCAGGACUCAGGAGCGGUGACCUCCCCGCUAUCCCAGCCUGGUCCACCUACUCCCGGGGACUCCAGACCCUGGCCAGCCUGCUCCUCCACCCAGAUCCCCGCAGGAGCCUGCCCGUCGAACAAGCCAAGGCAGUGCUGCAGAUCCUGCUGUGGGGACCACGCCAGGAGCUCCUUCCCAGCCACCAGCUCACUUCCGUCCUGCUUCAGAACUGGCUGGCCAUCAAGAGGGCGCUGCUGCUGCUGAGCUUUGCGGAGAAGGCGCCCGAGGCCGCGGCGAGCGUGGGGCUGGAAGACUGGCUGUGCUGCUGCUACUUCACGGAGACCUCGGCGCACACGCUGCUCCGCACCCUCCGGACCCUGCAUGCCUCCGACAGCUCGGGAGCGUGCUAGCCCCACAGAGUCCGUCAUGUCCCAAAUGCCUGGAUCCGCUUGGUCCUCUGGCUGGGCUCAGCCCUUCACCCCUCGGAGGGCAGUUUUCUGCAGCUAACUGGGGGGAGUCUUCAGACUUUUAGGACUCGGGUCCUGUUUGCUUUAGAGUUUCCGUGGCCCUUUAACUGAGAACAGGGCCAGCGGCGCCAGGGCCAGCUGGACUGGAGCUCUGGGGUGGAAUGUGCCUCCUUGCGCCCGGCACACAGAGGGACUGGGCUGCUUAUCCAGCGGCUUGCACCCUUACGCACCCGGCCCUACUCCCGUGGGCUCGCACCGCAGCCAGACCCUAAGCAUCUGCCAUGAGGGUCUCCUGGAUAAACCUCACGCUGUUUACUGCUCCUAUCCCAGCCCUCCCAUCUGUGCAACCUCCCAUCCCAUCCCCUCCAGGUUCACUCCUUCCUGGUCCCGGGGACUUCAGGGAUGUGCUGUUCCCACCUCCAGCCUCCGCUCCAACUCGUCAGGGAUUGUGCAAAAUAAGAUGGGAGCUUCUGAACUCCAUUCUCAGUGACACCCUGGUAGACACCCCCCGCACCCGCGCACUUUGCAGGGUGUUUACUCAGGUUUAGCCUCCUUCAGCCAAUUUUCAGGCCAUGAUUCAAUAUUUUGUACCAAAUUCCCUGGAGUUGUUCUGGAAAAACUUUCUCCCUGAGGGCCAAAUGUUCCACGUGGUCAUCUGAGUAAGGGCUAGUGGAUUGGACCUUUAGACACAAAAUCUUCCUUGAAGCAUCCACCCCCACGCCCACCCCAUAGCCACUAACGACAUCGCUUUGGUUUAAAAAUAGACUCUAGGGUGCCUUAACGGUUACAUGAUUAAGGAGAAAUAUGGUGCAUCUGAUACACCUGCUCUAUUGAGGACUGAUAGUUGCAUAAUUAUUACUGUGGAGAACAUAUUUCAAAGAGGGAAAAUGACCAACCUUACAGCAGAACACCGUGGCUACGGAUAGACUGGCAUGAUUUUCCGCAAAUGCUUUGAAUGGAAAAGUUUUCCGUU